AUGAGAACCCUUAGGAGCCUUGGGUUAGCUGCAUACCAAGGUAAUAGCCCACCACCAACAAAUCAAGAUAUUAAAAUCGAAGAAGUCGAAAUAGAUUCCAAAAUUCCAACGAAGUAUUAUAUAGUUCAAAGUUUUCCAAUAUUUCCACAAGAUUUUUCCAAUAAAGGAUAUAAAAUUUACUUUGAUGACGGAAAAUGGAAUGUCGUUCUUUGGCCAUCAAAAACGUCGAAUUAUAAAGAUGAAGUACGCUACCUAAGUUCAGCUGUUGACAGAAUGAUGGACUCAAUAGAAGUUACGGAAAUGGAUGAAGAGCAUCCAGAGAAAACAAAACUUCAAAUGCUUACACAAAAAGCCGAUUUACUUGGAAUUGCGCUUGAUGAACUAAACAGACAAAUAACACGCGAAAAUCACGAAAGAGGUGAACUAAUGGCUCGUAUCGUUAAGAUGUUUUUAGGUGUUAUCGAUGACAUUCCUGGUAUUUACAAUGAAAUUUUACUUGCUCAGCAAAAAGAAAGCGAAAAAACAAUAAAUGAAUUGCGAGAACAAAAUCAUGCCCUACAAUUGCAAGAACAAGAUACUUCUGAGGAACUCAGAUCUCAAAAAAUUUUACUCGAAAUGCAAAAUCAAUGGCAUACAGAUUUAGAAGCUCAAAUUGAUGAGUGGAAAGAUUCACUUAGCAAAUUCAACGAAAGACUUGCUUCAGAACUGAAAAAACAGAAAGAUGAAUAUGAAGAUAAAUUAUCUGAUUUACAAGUACAGCUUUCAUCAAUUGCUGCAGAGAGAGAUGGAUACAAGUCUCAAAUAGAUUGGGAACAAAAGUCAAUUCAAGAUAAAGAAGUCGAAGUUCUUAAAAUGAGAAAAGAAUUAGCUAAUACAAAAGCAUUACUCGAAGAACGCGAGCAAACAUUAUAUACAGCUCGUGCCCAUUUCGAGAGGCAGUUUACUUUCAUGAGAGAACAAAUGGGACAAAUGGCCAAAACAGGAAACACUACAAUUACUUUAGAAAACAUGAAUAACAUUACACAAAUGCUUCCACCUAGACAUGGAGAACAAUUGCCAUUUUUAUCAUUAGAAGAAGUCAACAAAAGAAUUUAUGAUAUUUAUUUAUCAAAGAUUCGGCAUGAUGCUGCCUAUGUCAAUGGUUCUCCACCGCCUCUUUAUAAAUUUGUGGUUAAAUACCACAUUGCACUCAUGUUUGGCUAUAAACCUGCAAUAUCUGCUGUUUGGCAGUUUAUGGAUACAUGUGACCGUUAUAAACAUGAAAGCGCAAAUGUAGGAAUGUUCAUGAAACAAGUAGAAGAGGAAAGUUGGCAACUUAAAGUUUUGCAAUUUAUUUGUAUGCUCGUUAAGAAAGAACCUGUAUGUGAAAUUGGUCUUCCUAGACUUACAAUUGUUAAAUGCAUUAGUAUUGCAUCAAGAAUACUUCCAGAUACAGAACUUCCAAAUCUCCAAAGAUUAUUAGAAAAGAAAGUCAUCAAUCCAAAGCGCGGAAUGACAGUUGAACUUGAUAUCUUUAUGCAGAUCCUCUUAGAUCUCCUUCUUGAUGUUAAUCAAACGUCUCGUCAAAGAAUUAUGUUCCAGUUCAGAGAAUUACUUUCUUGUGAUGGAUCAGUUGAAUUCACUCAGUUUGGAGAUUUCAUUUCCCGUUUUGCACCUGAUUUUAGCGCACAAAGAGUUGGAGAUUUGUUUUUGGAUGCAAUGCAAGCAAGCUUGCCAUCUUUAUCUGUCACAGAAUCUGCUUUCCAGCUGCUUGUUGAUAGAGGUUUAUUCGAAGAAUUCAAGCCAAUUUUGAGUGAUGACUUAGAUAUAGCUAAUGCAGAGGAAAUUGCAGCUUUUGUCAAUUUGAGAUGGAAGACGGAUAUAGCUGAGCACGUUAAUAGCGCAUUAGUUCAAUUAAAGUCAGAAAAAAUGGCUGAAUGUCAAACUUUGUUUUCAGAGCUUGGACAAAUUAACGAGCACAUGAAAAUGACUGUAACAACAAAUGAUGCUGGUACAGGAGUUUCUCUGCUUCAUAAAGCUGCUUUAUUAUUAGUUAGAUUGAAAUUCUUGAAUAUUGCAAGAAAAGAUGGCGGUGACAUGCAAAAAGAAAUAAGAAAACUUAUUGACCUUGUUUGGAAUUAA